UGUCAUUGGUCCUGCGGAAACAUCAGAGAACAACAGCAACAAACAACAGAGAACACUAAGUGGAAGCCAAACUUGACUACAAAUUCGUUCAGAACAUCAUAUUCCAUAUCUGUUUGGUAGUUCAUCAUUCACAUUAUCCAUCAACCAUGUCCGGACGAGGCAAAGGAGGCAAAGUUAAGGGAAAGGCCAAGAGCCGAUCCAACCGUGCUGGACUCCAGUUCCCUGUUGGGCGUAUCCAUCGUCUUCUCCGCAAGGGAAACUACGCCGAGCGAGUGGGAGCCGGUGCCCCCGUGUACUUGGCCGCUGUCAUGGAGUACUUGGCGGCUGAGGUCCUGGAGUUGGCUGGCAACGCUGCCCGUGACAACAAGAAGACCCGUAUCAUUCCCCGUCACUUGCAACUGGCCAUCCGUAACGACGAGGAAUUGAACAAGCUCCUGUCGGGUGUGACCAUCGCUCAAGGAGGUGUACUGCCUAACAUCCAAGCCGUCCUCCUCCCCAAGAAGACCGAGAAGAAGGCUUAAAUCUUCCCAUUGCAAAAUCCUACCUCCAAAGGCCCUUUUCAGGGCCAAAACUCUGUUCCUAGAGUGAUCUAAAGCUAAAUAUCUGAAUUUGACGUCAUGCUGAAAUGGCAAAUACUAAAAAAUCGCGUGGCAAUUAAGAGUUAAAUGUUGAAAUUUCCCACAUACGUGAAAUCACUGGGCAAAAACUGAGACUAAAAAGUUUGUCAUUCAAGUUUUGUGGAGCUACCUGAAGUUUAAUGGUAUGUGCUCGUAUGUCCGUACAAAUAUAUCUAGGAACGUGCCAGAUUGUUGUUAAUGAAGGUGAAAUUUAGAUUACUUUACUCACAUUUUUAA